AUGCCUCGCGACGACGAUGAUAACGAUCAUUGUCUCGGUGCAGUCACCCCACUUCCAUUUUCAUGCAACCCUUCAGCACCAACACCGCUAUAUCCCUUCUGGCUUUAUGCUCCCGACCUCACAAGCGCAGACCCAAGAACUAGGGCUUUUAUAUCGGCAUCUUCAGGAAGAACAAGGAUAUUCGCUCUUCCUCCUUCCAAAUCGACUAAUUAUUCAUCAGCUCUUGUUGAAUACAUGUCUCCCAAAUCAAAUCAGGAAGAUGAGGACCUCGAGGCUGCUGAGGUUGCUAGGACAGCUGCAAACAGCAUCUCUGAGUUGCAAAACGAGCUUGAAGGCUCAGAAUCUUCUAAAGAAGAUCAAGAUCAUCAAGAAACAUCUGAUAAAGAUCAAGAAAGUGAAGAUGAAGAUGAUAAAAAGCACAAGGCUCCUCAUGAAAGACUUGAGAAAGCCAGUGAAGACACAAUCCUUGGCCAAGCAAGUUCUAAAUGA